UGCUUAUAGUCUAAUUUAGCUGUGUUAUUUUUGCAGGUGUGUUAAAAUGGCUGCUGUACCGUGUAUGUGGGCUCAAAGUAAAGAACAGGUCGUUAUCACGUUUGAAGUUACAGAUACAUCGAACCCUACCGUGGAAGCCAAAGAAAAUAAACUUACUUUUCGCUGCACGAAGAAGGGAGGGACUGAGCUAGUUAAAGAAAUCGAACUGUUCAAAGAAGUAAAAAGUGAUGUGAAAGUGAGACACUCGGACAGAGACAUUCUGUGUACUUUGAAGAAAGCCUCCUCUGACGACCACUCCUUCUGGCCCAGACUCACCAAACACAAAGUCAAAGACAGCACCAUCAAAGUGGACUUUGGGCGAUGGAAGGACGAAAGCGAUGACGAAUACGGAGACGACUUCAAUUUUGACAAUGACAUGUCGAGCAUGAUGGCAGGCAUGGGGGAUGGAAUGGGUGGAAUGGGAGGAAUGGGAAUGGACGGGAUGGGCAUGGGUAUGGAUGAUGACGAGGAGCCGGACUCCGACGAUGAAGACGACAUGCCAGACCUCGAGGACGCCACAUCCGGAGGAGCACCCAAAACGGAAGAGACUCCGAAGCCCGCUGCGGAAGAAGCCACCGGCGACGCGACCCCCGCUGCUGCCGAAACCACCUCAUAACUCUUAUAGUUGUCACGUCUACUGCUGAUCUUCUGAUAGCUCGUGAUGAUCGUUUUCCAACUUCUGAACAACUUUUACAAGUGUAUCUUAAAAACGCCAGAAAGAUCAAUUCAUGCAAGAAAAGACUGAGGAAACUCAUUUAUUGUAGUGAUUUUUGAUGUUACGCUUUUGCUUGAUUUUCGUGUUUUCAUUCAGGCGAUUUUUUCUUUAUACUUUACAUGUUAUGAAAGCGUAGAAGCUUCAGUACUACUUUGAUUGAUUUAUGGCGUGCUUUACGGGUGUAAAAAUGCAGUACAGUUGGCUCAGAGUUAUUUUUUGGAUCAUGAUAAAUUCGGUUUGAUAAUUUCGUUACUAUUGUUGAAAGCUGAAUUGAUCUGUUGUAAAA